CGAAUCCCUUUCGCUUGGUACUGACUUUUGUGAAGGUUGUUUAUGGAGUCCUCCCGAUUCAACCGUUCAAAAUCUGUACUUUGUUGAGCAAGUCCUAGGGUUUUUGGUUUCCAUCGAAUUCUCCAUCAUGGCCUUGAAAAUCGUUUUCCUCCUUUUGCUCUUCAGUUUCCAGUUUCGUCUCUCUUUGUCUGAUCAGACGAACUCAAUGGAGUCAGUUCCUGAUCUUCAAAAGUCAAUGUACAUGGUUGUUGAUGGAUACCCUUGUGUUCGACUUGUCAAUCUUUCGGGAGAGAUUGGUUGCUCAAAUCCUGGACGAGACAAGGUUGUAGCUCCAAUUGUAAAAUACAAGGACACCAAGGAGUUGGCUCAGCCAUCUGCAAUUUUGUUGUCAAUGGAUGAUGUGCAAGGUUUUUUUAGUAGAGUAUCAAAUGAUUCAAGCUUUGCCAGGAAUGUUGGUGGUGUUUUAGUUGAAUCAGGGAUUGAAAUCCAAAAUAAGCUAAAAGGAUUCUCUCCUGCUCAGAAGUUUCCUCAAGCUGAAUUUGCACCUUAUCAUAACACCAGUUAUGAGUGGAACCCAAUUGGAAAUGGAGAUAUGUGGAAAUCUUAUAAUUUUCCUGUGUUUUUACUUUCUGAAAGUAGCACGUCAACCUUGCAAGAGGUUACCAUGAAGAACGAGAAAACAGAGAAAGCUUAUACUACUAAUGUGGCAGAAUUUGAUCUGGUGAUGCAGACAACUAAGGUUGGGACUCAUGAUUCAGAAUCUUGUUUGAAAGAGGAGACUUGCCUUCCAUUAGGUGGAUACAGUGUUUGGUCAGCAGUCCCACCAAUUAACAGCUCAUCCUCAAAUCAGUCCAAGCCCAUUAUACUAACCGUGGCUUCGAUGGAUGCUGCAUCAUUUUUCCGGGACAAAAGCCUUGGUGCAGAUUCCCCUAUAUCUGGAGUGAUAUCAUUGCUGGCAGCAGUUGAUGCUCUUUCUCGUGUAGAUGGUUUAGAUGACCUUAAUAAACAGCUUGUAUUUCUUGUUUUCACUGGCGAGGCCUGGGGUUACCUUGGUAGCAGGAGAUUUUUACUUGAACUUGAUCAGCAGUCAGAUGCUGUUCGUGGCCUCAAUAGCACAUUGGUUGAGUUGGUCAUGGAAAUUGGAUCGACUGGAAAGGGCUUCAGUCAAGGGAACAAAACCUUUUUUGCUCACACAGAGGUUUCAUCUGGUGCAAAUGAAGCUUUGGAUGCCUUAAAACUUGCUCAGGAGUCCCUUAAAUCUGAAGGUGUUACAAUUUCAACUGCUAACUCUUCAAAUCCUGGAAUCCCUCCGUCAUCAUUGAUGGCAUUUCUAAGAAAGAACUCUUCAACUUCUGGGAUUGUGUUAGAGGAUUUUGAUUCCAUUUUUGUGAACAAGUUCUACCAUAGUCAUCUUGAUGAUUCAUCAAAUAUAAACUCUUCAGCAAUUGUGGCAGCUGCUUCUCUUGUUGCCCGGACCCUCUAUAUUCUUGCAAGUAAUAACAAGGAUUUAACCAGUUCAGCUAUAAGUACAAUCAGUGUGAAUGCCUCUCUAGUAGAAGAACUGAUUAGUUGCAUGUUGGACUGUAAUCCUGGUCUGUCUUGUGAGUUGGUUAAGAGCUAUAUUUCAAGCACCAACACAUGCCCAAGCCAUUAUGUUGGUGUUGUUCUUGGAGAACCUUCCUCGACACCUUACCCCAGUCAGGUGGAUGAUGUUUCCAGGUUUUUGUGGAACUUUCUGGCAGAUAGAACAUCGAUUCCAAAGGGCAAUACUUCUGUUUGCUCACAUGAUUGUGGCAAAAAUGGUGGAGUGUGCAUUAGAGCAGAAACAGAUGGGAAGGGAGUGUGUGUUAUCUCCACAACCAGGUAUGUCCCUGCCUAUUCAACUCGCUUGAAGUUUGACUCUGGAACUUGGAAGGUGUUGCCACCAAACUCCACUGAUCCCAUGGGGAUGCUGGACCCUGUUUGGACAGAGAGCAAUUGGAAUACGAUUGGUCUGCGGGUCUACACUGUUCAGGAUCCUGCUUAUGACCGGCUGGUUUUGCUUGGGGGUGUCGCUGUUACAGUCUUGUCUUAUUUUGCAAUUGUACUUACAAGAGCCUACAUAACAAAGGCCUUGAAGCAGGAUUGACAACUCAGUCUUGAAAAUUUUUGAGACAUGCAAAAUUGUUAGGAGCAAAGGCUAUAUGCGGUAAUUGAUUUUUGUGUUAUAUUAUUAGUUAGAUUGCUAAAAUUUUUAAAUUGUGUUUGUGGCUGUGCUGUAGAGGAUGAAAGUUGAUUAAGUUUUUAU